AUGCCCACCUACAAGCUGGUUUAUUUCAACGGCAGAGCCAGAGCCGAAACGACACGUUUGGCGUUUGCAGCUGCAGGAAUCCAGUACGAAGACCACAGGAUCGAACGCCAACAGUGGCCGGAGCUGAAACCGAAAACGUUCGCGGGCUACCUCCCGUACCUGGAAGUGGAUGGGAAGGUGCUGGUGGAGAGUAUGGCCAUCGCGAGAUUUGUGGCCAGGGAGGGCAAGUUGGCGGGGGGCUGCAGUUACGAGCAGGCACAGAUCGAUUCCAUCGUCGACAUCCUCUCCAGUCUGCUAGAGAAAGGAUUCAAAGUUGUAUACAACUCCGAUCCAGCUGAGAAGGUGUGUAAGGAGUUCUUAGAGAAGACUUUGCCGGAUGUCUUCAAAUUGCUGGAGAAGUUCCUCCAUGACAAACAUUUCUUUGUUCAUGAUAAGUUGUCCCUUGCCGAUCUGCACUUUUAUUCAGUGAUGGAGAGUUUGGCUCAGGUGCAGAAAGAUUGGGCCAAUGUGAGCCCCAAGUUGAAGGCCCUUUAUGACAGGGUGGCUGCUCAACCCAAGAUUGCCGAGUACUUGAAGAAAAGACCUGUAACACAGUUCUGA